UGUCCGGACGGGGGUCCUGUCUAACCUUGACCGGGCCCGCCUGCGUGUCUCUCUCGGGGUCAAAGGCGAUUCCGAGGGAUUCAGGUCUAAAUCUGACCCCCAAAGCCCCUACUUCUCCUCGGUACGAAUAAGGGCUGCGUCCCAUCGGUCACGCGUCUGUGGCUCGAGGGACAGGACCGGUUCUGACCAGUUUGAUGUUUCCCGCCCCUGUUCUGACUGAAGUCUGAGAGAAGGAACCGCUGCACUGGACUCGUUAGCUUGUCUGGCCCCACUGUCUGUGAAAUGACAAGUUUUCCACCUCUCAAGCUGUGAUGUCAGGUUAUCAUGGUUCUCCAUCACAUUUUUUUUUACUACUGGUAAUCGUUGUAUGCGUGGAUCGAGGGCUGCUUUGCAAACCACUGUUAGGUACAUUACUUUGUGGAGCAGACCUUGUCACCAUCUGUGUUUGCUAAAUAAUGGUUCCCGCUGUAUCAGUAGGUUGUACGGUUCUGAAAGCGUCUUUCAGAAGAUCGUGAGAAGCAGAAGAGAAGUUGGGUCAGAGUAGGGCAGCCAGCCCUGGGUUGGAAUGAUAAUGACGGAACCCCGGCAAGUCACAGACUUAGACUCCCCGGCGGAGCCUCCGCAGGAGCAGGAAGACCUCCUGAUAGUGAAAGUGGAGGAAGAAGACUGCACCUGGAUGCAGGAGUACCACCCGCCAGCCUUCGAGACUGUCUACCAGCGCUUCCGGCACUUCCAGUACCAUGAGGCCUCGGGACCCCGCGAGGCGCUCAGCCAGCUCCGCGUGCUCUGCUGUGAGUGGCUGCGGCCCGAGCUGCACACCAAGGAGCAGAUCCUGGAGCUGCUGGUGCUGGAGCAGUUCCUGACCAUCCUGCCGGAAGAGUUCCAGGCCUGGGUGCGAGAACAUCACCCUGAGAGCGGAGAAGAGGCCGUGGCCGUGGUUGAAAGUAUACAGAGGGAGCUUGAGGAACGUAGGCAACAGAUUGUUGCAUGUCCUGAAGUGCCUUCUCAGAAGAUGGUGCCGCCUGGAGCAGUGCAGGAGUCCUUCAGUCACCAGCUCCGGUCUGUGAAUAGCCAGCCUGAGCAAGAGCCACAGACGCCACAUCUUCUGGAGGAAAAUGGAUUUACUUAUUUAUUUGAAAGGCAGAGUCAUAGAGAGGCAGAGGCAAAGAGAAAGAGGAAGAGGUCUUCUAUCUGUUGGUUCACUCCCCAAAUGGCUGCAGUGGCUGGAGCUGCGCUGAUCCAAAGCCAGGAGCCAGGAGCUUCUUCUGGGCCUCCCAUCCCUUCCUGUUCUCCAAGUUCCUUCCCUUCCCCUGAAGGACAGCCAGGAGCUGACAACCUCACUUCUCUCAGCUGGGUCCCAGAUUGUGAGUCCGGGGACAAUACGGAGCUCACGGUAAAGCAGACUGCUGAGGACACCACAUCGCAUUGGAUGGCACCGGGAAGCACCGAGAGGAACGCUCCUCAGAGUCAAGGGUUUGCAGAAGUCAGCGACCUUAAGGGCAUGGUCCAGAGGUGGCAGGUGAACUCCGCUGUGGGGAAAUCAAGGCAGAAUUCUUCUCAGAAAAGAGAUCUUAGCACUGGCAAGGACCUUAACCGUAAGCAGAACACAAAUGGUGAGAGAGGUCACAGAUGUCUCGACUGUGGCAAAUUUUUUCUUCAAGCCUCAAACUUCAUUCAGCAUCGGCGAAUCCACACUGGAGAAAAACCAUUUACAUGUGGUGAAUGUGGGAAAAGCUAUAAUCAGCGUGUGCACCUCACUCAGCACCAGCGAGUCCACACUGGUGAGAAACCCUAUAAAUGUCAGGUGUGCGGAAAAGCAUUCCGGGUGAGCUCUCAUCUCGUGCAGCAUCAUAGCGUCCACAGUGGAGAGCGACCCUAUGGGUGUAAUGAAUGUGGGAAGAACUUUGGUCGGCAUUCACACCUGAUCGAACACCUGAAACGCCACUUCAAGGAGAAAUCCCAGAGAUGCAGUGACAAAAGAAAGAAUACAAAGUUGAAUGUCAAGAACAUUUCAGAAUUUUCAGAAGCAGACAUGGAACUAUCAGGAAAAAUCCAAAGAAAUGUUUCUCAAGUUCAAGAUUUUGCAGACGACUAUGACCACCAAGGCCUGGUGGAUAGAAAACCAGGAAUUCCCAUGAAAGACAUACUAGGACAGCCCUCUUCAAAGAGGGUGAAUUACAGUGAAGUCAGGUAUGUCCACAAAAAAUCCUCCACAGGAGAGAGACCACACAAAUGUAAUACAUGUGGAAAGAGUUUUAUUCAGAGUGCACAUCUUAUUCAACAUCAACGAAUCCACACUGGAGAGAAACCAUUUAGGUGUGAUGAAUGUGGGAAAAGCUACAAUCAACGUGUACACCUCACUCAGCAUCAGCGAGUCCACACUGGUGAAAAACCCUACACCUGUCAUCUGUGUGGGAAAGCCUUUAGAGUGAGAUCCCAUCUUGUUCAGCAUCAGAGUGUGCACAGUGGAGAGAGACCCUUUAAGUGUAAUGAAUGUGGGAAAGGCUUUGGGAGGCGUUCACACCUGGCUGGACAUCUGCGACUUCACUCUAGAGAGAAAUCUCACCAGUGCCAGGAAUGUGGAGAGAUCUUUUUUCAGUACGUUAGCCUGAUUGAACAUCAGGUGCUUCACAUGGGUCAGAAAAGUGAAAAAAAUGGCAUUUGUGAGGAAGCAUACAGUUGGAACUUGACUGUGAUUGAGGAUAAGAAGAUUGAGUUGCAAGAGCAGCCCUACAAGUGUGAUAUAUGUGGAAAAACCUUUGGGUACAGUUCAGACCUUAUUCAGCAUUAUAGAACUCAUACUGCAGAGAAAACCCAUAAAUGUGAUAUAUGUAGAGAAAAUGUUGGCCAGUGUUCCCACAAAAAACAACAUCCAAAAAUCUGUCCCAGCACGAAGUCCCAUCAGUGUGACGAAUGUGGAAGAGGCUUCACUCUGAAGUCGCAUCUUAGUCAACAUCAGAGAAUCCAUACUGGUGAGAAACCCUAUCAAUGUAAAGAAUGUGGAAUGAGUUUUAGUUGGAGUUGUAGCCUGUUUAAACAUCUGAGAAGCCAUGAGCGGACAGAUUCCAUAAACACCCUAAGUGUGUAAGUAUUUCUACUGCACAACCGCUGUUAGUUUUAGAGAAGCCUUCCUAAAGAGAAACCUUACUCCUACAAUGAGUACAACAACUUCAGGUAUUUGAAGUUUGCCAUGAAACCUACAGAUAUGUUGAGAUCCUUCAGGCAGAAUUCAACCUUUGGGAACAUUGGAGAAUUCACAAUAAAUAGAUAUGUUUGCUUUCCCCACUGAGAAAUGUUUGGUUUAGCAUCUUCAUGCUUGGGAAUCUAGACAAAGAGAACCUAUGGCUAUGGUGGAUGAAGGAGAACCUUCAGGUGACACACCUUCAUUUGAAACUCAGAAAACUGAUUCUGGGAAAAACCUCAUGGAUGCAGUAGAAAUAAGCUUUAUUUGUAGUUUUCUGCCUUGACAGCCUAUCUAUUCAGGGAAGAGUACAGUGAAAAAAGAACUCCAGCAUGACACCCAUUUUGGUACCUCAGCAAUGAACCUUUUUUAGAAAUAAUUAUCCCAGCCACUAAAAUACUCCAGUCACUGUUCCCAUCUUGAAUAUUAAAACCCUUUGAAAAGAAACUGACAGGUCAUCUAUUUUGGCAAAAUUGGGUGCAGAGGCUAGAUGGUAUGGUGUAUGUUUCUACUGCGAUAUUCAAUCUGCAACUUUUUGAAACGUACGUUGUUUUGUUUUGAUUCUAGUAGCAUUAAGGCUAGCCAGUAGGAAGAGGAGUUAAACUAGUAAAAUCAGGAGAAACUGUGCUGCUUAGUCACAUCUUAAGAUGAAGGAACCAGGGGCCUUAGGGGAAUAGACUAGAAGGGAAAAACUGGGGUGGUCUGUAUUUUAUGACUCAAAAUAAUGGCAGCUAAAUCUAUACAAUAAGUUGGAUUGAGUUAAAGGUCAAGUAAUAUGUGAGCUGAUUCCCAGGUGCCCUGAAGAUAGACCUCCCUUAGAGUGACAGUGUUCAGAAUGAGUUUCAAUUCACAACUAGAACUCAAAGUGAAUAGUAACAGGGAGCAGGCAUGAUGUGACCCAGUUAGCCCUGCCUUGUGGGAAGGUGUGGGUAGUGAUUUUGGGGAGCAAAAAAGAUGACAUGGAUAAGAUCAUUAGCUUGAGCCUGUUAGCUAGGGAGGGUGAAAGUGCUUGAGUGUGCUGAAGCCCUGCCUCUGCCGAGUUGCCUGACAUACAGUAAGUGCCCACUAAAUAUUUAUGUCACUGUGGUAACCUAUCCAGACCCCUUUACCAAGCUGACACACCCAUUCUCUAGCUGCUCUGAGUUUGGGUGGUAAGUGCUCUGUUCUCUCAUUUCUCCAGAGACUCUAGGGGAACUGUCCUUGGACAAUGGAGGCUGCUUUCCAAAGGAGUUAUCAACCCUCCACACCCUCAGGCAAUGACUGAUAGGGGUACAAAAGGAUGGUUCACUUGCUUGGGGUGGGUGGGGA